CUUUCCGAAACCAAAUUCCGACGAAUUAACUUUUUUUUUUUUUUUUUGGAUAAAAUCAUCGGAGUCUCUUCUCUGGUUCGGCUGUGAUGGGUGCGAGCCGGAAAUUACAAGGCGAGAUAGAUCGGGUGCUGAAGAAGGUUCAAGAAGGUGUUGAUGUUUUCGACAGCAUCUGGAACAAGGUAUAUGAUACAGACAAUGUUAACCAAAAGGAAAAGUUUGAGGCGGACUUCAAGAAGGAAAUCAAGAAGCUGCAGCGGUAUAGAGACCAGAUCAAGACUUGGAUUCAGUCCAGUGAGAUCAAAGAUAAGAAAGUCAGUGCAUCAUAUGAGCAAUCCCUGGUUGACGCUCGGAAGCUUAUUGAGAAAGAGAUGGAGAGGUUUAAGAUCUGUGAGAAAGAGACCAAGACAAAAGCUUUUUCCAAGGAAGGACUGGGUCAGCAACCUAAAACUGACCCAAAAGAGAAAGCAAAGUCAGAGACAAGGGAUUGGUUAAACAAUGUGGUGAGUGAACUGGAGUCACAGAUUGAUAGCUUUGAAGCUGAAUUGGAAGGACUGUCUGUCAAAAAAGAAACAGUUUGAUUUGAAUGGUUUCAGCUGGAAUUGAGAAGAACAUAGAAGCUUAAAGACUGCAACAACCUUUUUAUGAUAAUCACACAGGAAAUGAAAAGCCUUUGAUUUCCUUUGUUAGAUUGAGAGAUUCGUCUAAAAUUGAAUUAUAUUAGUUGAACCAAAAGAGACAAUCUUGUGCAAACAUGUGUAACACCAUUAAUUUGCGUAGUUAUGAAUGAUCUCAUAUAAAUACAGAUAAAUUUACUAA